CGCUCUUUAUUCUCGUUCUGUUGUUGACAGCUCACAGGAAGUCCUGAACAGCUCCCUGUUUCUCUUCAAGAAAAAAUAGCCUUUUCUUCUAUUUUUAGCUGAAAAACAGAGACUGUUACCACUUUGGAACAGCGAUAGUUGACAGAAAUGGAGGAAUAUCCUAACGGCAACGAGGGCUCCUUCAACUCUGAAGAAGCUGAUGGCGUUGUCAAAGAGUGUAUCGAGGCGGUCGUAGGCGGUGACGACUACAGCGUGAAUCAGGUGAACAAAUGGACCGCCAGCAUCGUGGAGCGCUGCCUCACGCAGCUGGUCAAACAGGGGAAACCGUACAAGUACAUCGUGACGUGUGCUGUGAUGCAGAAAACAGGAGCCGGCCUCCACACCGCUAACUCCUGCUACUGGGACACUGCCGUGGACGGAAGCUGCACUGUGAGAUGGGAAAACCGCACCAUGUACUGUGUGGUCAGUGUGUUUGCUGUGGCUAUCCCAUAAGAGAGAGAGACACACACACACACACACACACACACACACACACACACACACACACACACACACACAC